GCGCGACGUACUCAUUGAAAACAAAUCAUGGCGGACGCUGCUGCACGUCAAUUACAAUACGAAUAUAAAGCGAAUUCCAAUCUUGUUUUACAAGCUGAUGUCCGGUUAAUAGAAAGACGCAGUCGAGAUGAAGCUACCGGUGAAGUUAUGUCUCUCGUGGGAAAAUUGGAUGGUACUCGUAUGGGUGAUAGGGCCCAGCGUACCAAACCUGGAAAAGCAGAGGAAAGAAAAGUCAAACGACAAAAACGCGAUGAAGCACAAUAUGACUUCACUCGUAUGAAAGGAGCAACAUUAUUAUCUGAAGGUGUGAAUGAAAUGGUUGGUAUUGUAUAUCGUCCAAAAACACAAGAGACACGUCAAACUUACGAAGUAUUACUCAGUUUCAUACAAGAAGCUUUAGGUGACCAACCACGUGAUAUUCUUUGCGGUGCAGCUGAUGAAGUACUAGCUGUAUUAAAAAAUGACCGACUUAAAGAGAAAGAAAAGAAAAAGGAAACUGAACUUUUACUCGGUUUAUUAGCAGAAGAAAGAUUUGCACUGCUUGUAAAUCUUGGUAAGAAGAUCACGGAUUUUGGUAGCGACGAAAAAAGUACAACAAAUGAUGAAAAUAUUGACGAAACAUAUGGGAUCAAUGUACAGUUUGAAGAAAGUAGCGAGGAAGAUGAUGAAGAUGUAUAUGGAGAAGUACGAGAAAAUGAAGACGAAGGUGAUGAAGGUGAAGAAGCUAAUGAUGACAGAGCUAUUCAUGCAGAAAACCUGGGUGGAACAGAAGAAAUGAAGAAAGAAAAACCAUUACAUCCAUUAGACAUUGAUGCAUAUUGGUUGCAAAGAAGAUUAAGUAGGAUAUAUGAUGAUGCCAUGGUAUCGCAAGCGAGAGCUGCUGAAGUAUUAGCUGUCUUGAAAGAUGCCGCAGAUGAUCGCGAAUGUGAAAAUCAGCUUGUGCUUUUAUUAGGUUAUGAUUGUUUUGAUUUCAUUAAACAGCUUAAAAAAUACAGACAUACAGUUGCAUACUGUACGAUGUUGGCCUCAUCGCAGUCUGAAUCAGAAAGACAAAAAAUUCGAAACAAAAUGAAUGAUGACCCGGUGCUUGCCAAAAUCUUGCGGCAAUUAGAUACAGGUAAAGGUGAAGAUGAUGCUGAUGAGACAAUGGAAGCGAGAUCCCAACGCAAAAGACGGGAAGAGAAUGAGGAUACUGGAGGACCUGGAGGACAGGUUCAAGGUACAAGAAACUUGAUAGAUUUGGAGGAUCUUAUAUUUGCUCAAGGAAGUCAUUUCAUGGCCAAUAAGCGUUGCCAAUUACCUGACGGAAGUUUUCGAAAACAGCGGAAAGGAUAUGAAGAAGUUCACGUUCCUGCUCUAAAACCGAAACCGUUUGCGGAAAAUGAAAAAUUGCAUCCAAUUGAGCAAUUACCUAAGUAUGUGCAACCUGCUUUUGAUGGUUUCAAGACGCUGAAUCGUAUACAAAGUCGCUUAUAUCAGACGGCAUUGGAGAGCGAUGAGAAUCUGCUGCUGUGUGCUCCAACAGGAGCUGGUAAAACCAAUGUAGCUCUGCUGUGUAUGAUGCGAGAAAUUGGAAGACAUAUAAACGCUGAUGGUACAAUCAAUGCAGAUGAAUUCAAAGUAAUUUAUGUCGCUCCGAUGCGUUCGCUGGUGCAAGAAAUGGUCGGCAAUUUCCGCAAGCGAUUGUCAACAUAUAAUCUGACUGUUUCCGAAUUGACGGGUGAUCAUCAGUUAACGCGAGAACAAAUUGCCGCUACUCAAGUGAUAGUAUGUACCCCGGAGAAGUGGGAUAUUAUAACAAGAAAGGGUGGCGAGAAAACUUUCACAUCAUUAGUACGAUUGAUUAUUAUCGACGAGAUUCACUUAUUGCAUGACGAAAGAGGUCCUGUUCUGGAAGCACUGGUCGCAAGAACGAUACGAAACAUCGAAACUACUCAAGAAGACGUGCGUCUUGUUGGUUUAUCGGCUACAUUACCCAAUUAUCAAGACGUUGCAGCAUUUUUGCGCAUUAAACCGGAGACAGGACUGUUCUAUUUCGACAAUAGUUUCCGGCCUGUAGCUUUAGAACAGCAGUAUAUUGGCGUUACGGAGAAGAAAGCGUUGAAGCGUUUCCAAGUAAUGAAUGAGAUCGUCUACGAAAAGACAAUGGAACACGCUGGCAGGAAUCAAGUACUGAUAUUUGUGCAUUCACGUAAGGAAACCGGAAAAACAGCACGUGCUAUUCGAGAUAUGUGCUUGGAGAAAGAUACCUUAGGUCAAUUUCUUAGGGAAGGUUCCGCGUCGAUGGAGGUUUUGAGAACAGAAGCAGAGCAAGUAAAAAAUCAAGAGCUUAAAGAUCUGCUACCAUAUGGUUUUGCGAUUCAUCACGCCGGUAUGACUCGUGUGGAUCGUACGCUGGUAGAGGAUCUCUUCGCCGAUAGACACAUACAAGUUCUCGUAUCUACAGCGACUUUAGCUUGGGGUGUCAAUUUGCCGGCUCAUACAGUUAUCAUCAAGGGUACUCAGGUAUACAACCCGGAGAAAGGUAGAUGGGUAGAGCUGGGCGCUUUAGACGUACUGCAAAUGUUAGGACGAGCCGGUCGACCGCAGUAUGACACUAAAGGCGAGGGUAUCCUCAUCACAAAUCAUAGCGAGCUGCAAUAUUAUCUGUCGCUUUUAAAUCAGCAACUACCUAUUGAAUCCCAAUUAAUCAGUAAGAUGUCCGAUAUGUUAAAUGCGGAAGUAGUGCUAGGAACGAUUCAGAAUAUCAGAGACGCGGUUACCUGGCUUGGCUAUACUUAUCUUUACAUUAGAAUGCUUCGCUGUUCAAAUCUAUACGGAAUAAGUCACGACAAAUUGAAACAAGAUCCUUUAUUAGAACUGCAUAGAGCUGAUCUGAUUCAUUCAGCUGCAGUCGGAUUAGAUCGUAGUGGCUUAAUCAAGUACGAUCGCAAAUCUGGCAAUUUUCAAGCGACCGAAUUAGGUAGAAUAGCAUCUCAUUAUUAUUGUACUCACGAAACUAUGUCUACGUAUAAUCAGUUGCUGAAACGCACAUUGAGCGAGAUAGAAUUGUUCCGGGUGUUUUCACUGUCGAGUGAGUUCAAAAUGAAAGAGUGCCGAUACCGGAAAGAGAGCAUUGAGGAACCAAGCGCGAAAGUGAAUGUGCUAUUGCAAGCAUACAUCUCGCAGUUGAAACUUGAAGGAUUCGCUCUUAUGUCUGAUAUGGUGUUUGUGACGCAAUCCGCCUCACGUCUCAUGAGAGCUAUCUUUGAAAUAGUUCUAUUCCGUGGGUGGGCACAAUUAGCAGACAAAUGCUUAUCUAUCUGUAAGAUGAUCGAUCGCAGGAUGUGGCAAUCAAUGUCGCCACUCAGACAAUUCCGUAAGAUGCCGGAAGAGAUUGUGAAAAAGAUCGAGAAGAAGAACUUUCCAUGGGAGAGGCUGUACGAUCUGGGACCCAAUGAGAUAGGCGAAUUGAUCCGCGUGCCGAAACUAGGCAAAACCAUUCACAAAUACGUCCAUCAAUUUCCGAAGCUUGGCUUGUCCACGCAUAUCCAGCCGAUUACACGUUCCACUCUAAGAGUUGUGCUGACUAUCACACCAGAUUUCCAAUGGGACGAGAAAAUUCACGGUAUGUCGGAAGCGUUUUGGAUCUUAGUCGAAGACGUAGAUUCAGAGGUAAUUUUGCAUCACGAAUAUUUCUUAUUGAAGGCCAAAUACGCAGCUGAUGAACAUGUAAUUAAGUUCUUCGUGCCAGUCUUUGAGCCUUUGCCACCACAAUACUUUUUGCGCGUUGUAUCCGAUCGGUGGAUUGGUGCGGAGACACAAUUGCCUGUAAGCUUUCGACAUUUGAUAUUGCCUGAAAAGAAUCUUCCACCUACGGAAUUGCUGGAUUUGCAGGCGCUGCCGAUAACAGCGUUGCGAAACGCUAAAUUCGAGAAUAUCUAUUCUGCUUUUCCACAGUUUAAUCCAAUCCAGACGCAAGUGUUCAACGCAAUUUAUAAUUCCGACGAUAAUGUAUUUGUUGGAGCACCCACAGGUUCAGGAAAAACUACCAUCGCAGAAUUUGCAGUGCUAAGGUUAUUAACGCAGAAUCCGGAAGGACGAUGCGUAUAUAUGGUUAGCAAAGAGGCUUUAGCUGAAUUGGUCUAUGCUGAUUGGGCAGCAAAAUUUGGCCAACAGUUGGGAAGAAAAGUUGUCCUACUGAGCGGUGAAACAGGAACGGAUUUGAAGCUACUUGCCAAAGGACAGAUCAUUAUCACCACGGCGGAUAAAUGGGACGUUUUAUCACGUAGAUGGAAGCAACGGAAAAACGUCCAAAACAUCCAGUUGUUUAUCGUGGAUGAAUUGCAGUUGAUUGGUGGUGAAGAAGGCCCUGUGCUAGAAGUUGCAUGUUCGCGAGCACGUUACAUCUCCUCGCAGCUCGACAAACCCACCAGAAUAAUAGCAUUAUCGGCCUCAUUGGCUGAUGCUAAAGACGCCGCACAGUGGUUGGGUGCACCGGCAGCUGCAACCUUUAAUUUUCAUCCUACUGUGCGACCGGUACCUUUGGAGUUGCACGUGCAAGGUAUAAAUGUCACCCAUAACGCAUCAAGAUUAGCUGCCAUGGCAAAACCAGUAUAUAACGCAAUCCUUCGACACGCUGCACACAAACCGGUGAUCGUAUUUGUACCCACUCGUCGACAAGCGAGAUUAACAGCCAUCGACUUGUUGACAUUCACGGCGGCUGAGGGUCAACCCUCGAGAUUCUUCCACGCGGAAGAGGCUGACAUUAAACCAUUUCUCGAUCGAAUGAGCGACAAAACGUUGAAGGAAACUUUGUCGCAAGGUGUGGCUUAUCUUCACGAGGGUUUAUCGGCCGACGAUCGUCGUUUAGUUGAGCAAUUAUUUGACAGUGGAGCUAUUCAAGUUGCGGUCGCUACGAGGGAUCUCUGUUGGGGUUUAUCUAUCAGCUCCCACCUUGUCGUAGUCAUGGACACACAGUGCUAUAAUGGCAAGACACAUGCCUACGAGGAUUAUCCGAUCACAGACGUUCUGCAGAUGGUAGCGCGAGCUAAUCGUCCGUUAGAAGAUGAAGACGCCAAAUGCGUGCUCUUGUGUCAAAGCUCAAAAAAAGAUUUUUUUAAGAAGUUUUUAAAUGAACCACUACCGGUAGAGAGUCACUUGGAUCGUCGGUUGCAUGAUCACUUCAACGCGGAGAUUGUGACGAAGACGAUCGAAAAUAAACAAGACGCGGUCGAUUACCUCACGUGGACUUUCCUGUAUCGACGACUCACUCAAAAUCCUAAUUACUAUGGCCUGCAAGGUGUCACACAUCGGCACCUCUCAGAUCAUCUAUCCGAGCUGGUCGAGAGCACAUUAACUGAUUUAGAACAAGCCAAAUGUGUCGCUGUGGAAGACGAAAUGGAUACUUUGCCUCUUAAUCUCGGAAUGAUUGCUGCCUACUACUAUAUCAAUUACGCUACUAUCGAAUUGUUCAGUCUGUCUCUUAAUAACAAGACGAAGAUCAGAGGUUUGCUAGAGAUUAUUUCAGCAGCUGCUGAGUAUGAGAGCGUUCCGGUGCGACAAAGAGAAGAAAAUUUACUGAGAAGUUUGGCUGCACGUUUACCUCAUGCUCCACAGGCUGCUAGAAUGGCCGAUCCUCAUGUGAAGGCGCAGCUUCUUCUGCAAGCUCAUUUAUCGAGGAUACAGCUAGGCCCAGAAUUACAAAAGGAUACUGAACUGGUGUUGAGCAAGGCCGUAAGACUGAUACAAGCUUGUGUCGAUGUCUUAAGCUCCUCUGGAUGGUUAGCACCUGCCGUCGCCGCUAUGGAACUUGCGCAGAUGGUGACGCAAGCGAUGUGGUCCAAAGAUUCAUAUCUGAAACAACUGCCGCACUUUACAGCAGAGACCAUCAAGCGCUGCACCGACAAGGGCGUGGAGACUGUAUUUGACGUCAUGGAACUCGAAGAUGAUGAUCGAAAUCGGCUAUUACAGUUAACGGAUGCGCAGAUGGCAGACGUGGCCAAAUUCUGCAAUCGAUAUCCUAACAUUGAGAUGUCGUAUGAAGUACAGGAGAAAGACAAAUUACACAGUGGCGGCACAGUAAAUGUGAUCGUACAACUGGAACGGGAAGAUGAGGUAAUCGGGCCGGUAGUCGCGCCGUUCUUCCCGCAAAAACGUGAGGAAGGUUGGUGGGUAGUAAUUGGCGACCCGAAGAGCAACUCGUUGCUCUCUAUCAAACGUCUGACGUUACAACAAAAGGCAAAGAUUAAGUUGGAUUUUGUCGCUCCUGCACCCGGUCAGCAUUCCUACACUCUGUACUUUAUGAGCGAUGCUUAUCUUGGUUGCGAUCAAGAAUACAAGUUCAUCAUCAACGUCGGAGAAUAUGAAUCGGAUGCUAGUUCGGGUUCAGAUUCUGAUUGAAAUCAUUAAACCUAAUAUGUUCCAUAAUAUAUACUAAUUUUUUGUACAAAUAUAGGUAUGUCAAAAGUAUUAUAAUAUCACAUUAUUCAUAUAAUUUUUUUUAUUUGUUAACAAUAUCAGAGUAAUCUGUACCAAUAGUAAUUAUAAUUUUUUUUAGUCUACAAAUUCAAUCCAAAAUAUUUUAAUUGUCUUUCAAUUGUCGUCCUUAUUCUAAGCACAUAUGUGAAAUAAAAAAUUGUACGCCUCAUUUUUUGUUUUCCUAUUUUUUGUGGUCCAAUGGUAAAGGGGGAAAUGAUAAGGAAGAGGGGAGGGAGGAAGAGAGAAUUAUACAACGUUAUAAUAUAAUAAAGAUUUAACUUGUUGUACUGAUUUGUACUUGAUUGUACUGAUAAUCGCUCUUUGAUACGGUUACAAGUUCUUUUUUAUUUUCGCAAGUUUGAUUUCACAACGACCGACUGCGCAUACUGUGCCCUUUUCUUCCUUCUUUCGCGUGCGUCGCAGUGGGAUAAAUCCAGAAUGUAGGUGGACCAAACCGCAUAUAUAUAUAUAUAUAUAUACAUCCCUUGAAAAAAAUUGUCAAAAAGCUACGAAACCGCAUAUAUAUACAUCCCACAUAUCUAUUGAAAAAAUCUGCGCAGCGUAUGACAGUCGAAGCGCUCACGUAUUAAAGUUUGAACUGAUACGAUUCCUUGUGCAGCUGUCUGUAAAUUAAACUCUAGCAUAAAACAUGGCUAACAAAUCCCGCAGUUGUAUUGGCACACUUUUUCUUCAAGUAGAUAAAUGUGUACUUUGACACUAUGUGUUUUACUCUUAUUAAAAUUUAAUUUUUCACCGCGUAAAAAACGACGAUUUCUGUAAUUGUUUACAUAACAAAUAUGUAUUUCAGGAUAUUAAAGCGCAGAUAAAAAAGUACCGACUUUUACCAAACUUUUAAACAUGAAUUUCUAUUCUUGGUGAUGUAAACAUAAAGC